AUGGAUCCUUCAAAGAUAAGACAGAAAUGCGAACGCUUCCGAAUCCUCGUAAUAGGGAGAGCGAAUGCAGGAAAAACAACUAUCCUCAAGAGGGUAUGCGAUACACAGGAGAACCCAGAAAUAUAUGAUAGCUCCGGGGAAAAGCGUGGAGAGCACGAUAUCGAGAAUGAGAUGGUGUUUCGAAGCAACCCAGGAUUCAUCUUCCACGAUUCACGUGGUUUCGAAGCGGGCGGGCAAUCCGAAUUCGACAAGGUGAAGGCAUUUAUCGCAAGCCGUUCCGAGAUAAGAGGCCUAAAGGAUCGAAUACAUAUCAUAUGGUAUUGUAUUCCAAUGGAUGAGGCGAGCAGGUCGUUCACUGAAGGGGAACUCAAAUUUUUCUCUCACUGUGACACAGGAACCAUGAUAGUAGUGUUCACCAAAUUUGAUGCCUCCUACGACGUCGAAUUCGCUCAGCUGAGAGAAAACGGAGCAUCUAGGAAAGAUGCUAGAGAACUGGCCCCAAAGAGCGCUGAAGAGUCAUUUGCGAAUGGGCCACAGUUAAAGUUCCUAUACAACUCCAAGGACAUACGACGACCUCCAAAAUGUCACGUAUGCCUCCCCAACAUGGACAAGGAUGGCGCAGACUGCGGGCCGCUCAUUGCACGCACAGCGGAGACUCUGGAUAAUCAAGUGCUCAAGCAAUUAACCCUUGCGGAACUUGUCGACUCCACUCAGACGACCUCGUCUGGCAUAUUUAGGAAAUCUCGAAAACCCGAGGGUCAUGAGGUGGUAAUAGGCAAGUUGGGUGCCUGGUUUCCACAUCUAUAUCAAGGGGUCAGUGUGUCGAUCGUCCAUCGAGCCCCAGCCCUGCUGACCGAAGGCAUUGUCGAUCCGCUGACAGCGAGAUUCUUGCUCACCAAUGACAUUGCCUCAAUCUGUUGUCAGCAUAUCCUGCAUCAAGUUCGAGCCUUCCUGAGCAAAGACGUUGCUGAUCCAUUAUCAGCAUCCUUACUGAUCGAUGGGCCCGCCGACCUGUUGACAGAAUCCUUGCUGACCGAAGAAUUUUCCAAUCCGUUGAUAGGUUCUCGAGCCAUCCUGACCCAAGACAUUGAUGAUCCGUUGUCAGGAUGUAGUGAGUGUGUUGAUCGAUCUUCGAGCUCAAGCGUUGCUGAGCAGAGAAUUUUCUUAUCCGGUGACAGGUUCGAACUUCGAGCCUUACUGACGGAAGAAAUUGGAAAUCUGUUGACAGCAUAUAUCGAGCUUAACCCUUGCUCUCCGAUGAAAUCACUGACACAUUCACAGGAUGACGUUGCAUGCCCCAUCCAUUCACAGAGCUGGUGGAUUGGGUAUAGGGCAUUCCCCAUCCAUUCGCAGUAUUAUGAUGGUACCCACCCUCUAUAUAAGGAGAUGAAAUCUAGCCUAAACUCCCUGGCUUCUGGCUCAUCAACAUUGGAGCAAAUUAUGCAGCUCAGUUCAGCAACCAUCAUUAUUCUUGAAUACUCUUUCUAUCUCUGGGACCAGCAACACUCAUCGAAUGGAGACUCUGUUCGUCUUGCUGUCAAGCAGUACAUGAAAUCUCUGCAUGCAGCUGCUGUCAGGGAAGCUGUGGGCACUGCUAUUCGCACAUAUCAGGAAAAUAUGCCAUCUGUUUGGAAGGCAAAGCUAUCUUCUGGAGGUCCUCAGAGGAAGGCAGAGUUAAUUAAUUCAAUUCUUGAACAAGGUCUUGAUGCUAGGAAGUGUGGCGCUGUAUCAAUAGUUUUUGGAGUUGAGCCAUAUGGGUACUGCCCAUAUUGUACUUACGGUGUGGGUCACUAUAUGGUCAUACGACCGGCCAAUAUGGUCAUACAGGAGAUGAAAAAAUACUGA